GGCUUGGGUCGCCGCCGCCCAGCUAGAGCUCAGAGUGGUCGGUUUCAUUACCACUGGCUGGGCUGGCUGACUGGUUGGCUGGCUGGCCUGCCAACACCAGUCAUCAAAGCCUCAAGGGCCGCAGUUGCGGGAUGAGGCAACUUGGCGGGCGGCUGGAGUCAAAUUUGACAGGCUGUACAUGCCGUCCUGAGACGUACACGGCGAGGUUAAUCCAGCUGCCCCUCACCCAGUGGCUGGCAAGCUGGUAUCGCCAGCUUGGGGGCGGGUCGAAUGACAUCGACCAAGAAAGUGCCAACCCGCUGGUGCAGUGUCUGUUACUCGUGCCCGGCACUUGUCGACAGGCGCCCUGGCAUGGGAUGGAGCGCGUCGGUUGAAUCGGGCCUCCCUCCCCUCCACCCACGGAGUACUGCUUCCCCAAACGUUCGAUGCCAGCGGGAAAACAUUCGAUGGUGUUUGAUCACAUCCAAGAUGACCAGGCCUUUGGGGGAACGAACGGCCAUCAAUGCUCGUUUUGUUUCCCUCUGCGCGCCCACAAACAGCUCGUGAUCUUGGGGUAGAUCGCUCGCUGCCCGGAACACUUGAGACGCCGUACGGAGCAGCAGCUCUGGUUAUCACAGGCCGAAUCGACCUCAUCUGGCUGUCGGUCAGCCCACCGGUCUGUCGACUGCGAAAACAAACGGGACCGGAUAGGAUAGACCAAGACCACGGCAAAACGAAAGCAUCUCCCCAGACAGUGCCCAGCUGUGGCGUUUUAGAUGCACCCCCUGGGCAUCUCGUCCGCUGUCAAGUGGCCAGGGCCCCUUGUCCCGGCCUCGAGCGUCUCAGGCCCUCCCCAGCUCCCCUGCGCCCCCAGACCCCUUGCCCACAGGGAGUGGUUCACUCAGUCACACCAGUUGGCUCGAGGCUGCUUCAUCGUGUACUGAGAGGUCCCACGCACAGGCACCAUCAAGCGGUUUGAGACGGGCAGGUCUUGUUGGUGGUGUUUGAGGGAGGGCGGCCGCGGGAUCAAGGGCAGAUCAUCAACUGGGAUCCAGCGCUGGUGCUGGUGCUGGUGCUACGAGCCCGAGCCCGUCAAGCCCGUGCAUGAUAUACCUGUGUACGAUGCCCCCCUGCCCACCCAUAGAGCCCUCCGCACACUACUACUGCACCUCUGCCACUUUUUUUUUCCCUCCCCGAUCCAGUUGCAGAGCAGAGCACGCCUGGCGCGCCGUUCCUUCUUACUUCUCCCAUCCCUCCGGUUAGGCGCUGGCUUGUCGUCCACCAUCCACUCAUUUCCCUCCACACCACCACUCAUCGAUCAGAGCAGCCGCCCUGCGACUUUGAGCAACCAACCCCUCUUCCCACUCCCGGCCCCUCGACAUCCAUUUUCAGUCCUUUCCGACAGACACGCCUCCGCAAUCAGACGAGAGUUGCCAGAUUUUGGGUCUUGGAAUCCCUUGGGUCAGCUGGUCGUCGCAUCGCUGAAAAGUGUCACUGCCGGGCACAGCAGGAAGGAUUGACGGAUUCGGGCUGGAACCUACAUCUAUACAACCCACCCACUACGCACGCAACCUCACACCUUGCAUCUCGUACCUACAUACUCAUCUUAUUGCCUGCACGCCAGCCAUAUCUUGCUCUACCAAGGCUCGCCAAAUCGAUAAUAGGUCUAUUUUUACUCUGCCGCGUGCACCGGACCCUCCCGACCUUCUUCUUUGGACCUGGGAUACGCCGAUCAGAGGAAAUCGAACUCGGCGGGAAUUCAAGGGACGCCGGCACAUCCAACAGAAGUUCCGAGCAACAGAAUCGUUGGAAGGCGCCAAGUUGGAGCUCUAGGUCGAGAUCAAGCAAAUCGAAGGGCUUGCUGCACGGAAGCAAUCACACGCCAAGUGCCCACUAGUGGGCUGAUCUAUUGGUGAAGGACGGAGCAACUGUGAAGAACGGAUUGGUACGGCGGGGACUCUUCUCACCACCUCCAUCGGGUCUUUACAUCACACCGACUAAACCCGCCAGACCGAGCCGAGUCAACCGCUACAUCUGGAUCUUCCCGCAACUUCACCUGGAACCCACACCCAGCUUAAUUGACCAGUGGAUCUGCAGUGGGGGCAUAGUCUUCGCAAACCUCUCCGCAGGAGCCCCACCGAGUCGUGUCUUGACACCUGCCCAGCACUUUCAAGACUGCGCUGCGUGGAGUGGAGUGCCGAUCUUGCACGAGGCCACAGACGUUCGUCAACCGGACACGAACGCCUGCCUUUAUUCUUCCCUCUCACAACACACAAGGUGACCUCUAAGCAACCAUGUCUUUAAAACAGGAAAUAGAAAGUUGGGUCUCCGCCCUCGCGCGGUACGACAACAACGAGUUCGACGAGGCAUUGAAGGACUUUGAGCCAAUUGCCGACACGUCCAAGAUCCUCUUCAACAUGGGCGUGAUUCACGCGACUCUGGGGGAGCACGAAAAGGCCGUCGAAUGCUACCAGCGUGCUAUCCGUCUGGAUCAGUAUCUCGCUGUCGCGUAUUUCCAGCAAGGUGUCUCGAACUUCCUCCUGGGCGACUUUGAGGAGGCACUGGCAAAUUUCAACGACACACUGCUCUACCUUCGCGGUAACACGAUGAUCGACUACGCACAGCUGGGCCUGCUGUUCAAGCUCUAUUCUUGUGAGGUUCUCUUUAACCGAGGUCUGUGCUACAUCUACCUGCAACAGAAGGACGCUGGUAUGCAAGAUCUGUCGUACGCCGUGAAGGAGAAGGUGGUGGAGGAUCACAACGUCAUCGACGAGGCCAUCCGAGAGGAGGCAGAGGGCUACACCGUGUUCUCGAUCCCCGUUGGUGUUGUUUACCGGCCGAACGAGGCCAAGGUUAGGAACCUGAAAACGAAGGACUAUCUUGGAAAAGCUCGUCUGGUUGCGGCUUCGGACCGUGCCAACGCAUUCACUGGCUUCGCUGGUUCCGAAAUCAAGAAUGCUGGCAAGGCGGAUGUAAAGGAUGACAGACCGGCCGACAACAUUUCUUUCGCCGCUACUAACCUGGUCAAACCCAAUCUCGCGAGCAGAGCGCGACAGGAUGGCGGGCCCGCGGCGCCACAAGGAUCAAAUAAUGUCUUCCCCCCAACACCUCCUCCGGAGAAUGACAAGCCCAGCGGGCAACUUCCCUCCCGGGGUGCUUCUGUGCGCAACGGUCCGAAACCCAUGCCUGCGAAGCUCAACAUUGAAAGAGCAAGGAACCAGGACAGGUACGAGAAGGCGAACUCUCCUCAGGACAGGUACCAGUCCCCACAGGACAGACGGCCACAGCAGCCCUCGCGAGCUCCUUCCAACGCCACGAGUCGCAGCUACUCCCAAAGGGACAGGGAACGGACCAGAAGGUCUCCCGUCGACGACGACGAUGCCUAUCCCGACGAUUUGUACGACAUGUAUGGUGCAGGAUCCCGCAGGUCGAAUGGACGCCGCAACCAGCAACGUUACAUUGAGGAGGAGGAUGACGAUGGCAGCGACUACGAUGGAGGGUCUAUUGACGAGGGCGACUUUGAGAUGAUGAACCCCAGGCGUGGAACCGGAUCCCUGUCGAACUCGGGCUCGUCACGAGCUCAGUCGAGAAGACCUGAAGCUCGCAAGGUCAGGGUCAAGGUGCACGCUGAUGAUGUCCGCUAUAUCAUGGUCGGAACCGCGGUCGAAUUCCCCGAUCUCGUAGAUCGCGUGCGCGACAAGUUUGGGCUGCGUCGUCGUUUCAAGAUCAAGGUCCGAGACGAGGACUCUCCUCAGGACAUGAUUACUAUGGGCGACCAAGACGAUUUGGACAUGGUCAUGAUGGGUGUCAAGUCGCAGGCUCGCAAACAGCGGCUCGAGGUUGGAAAAAUGGAGAUUUGGAUCCAGGAGAUCAACUGAUUUGAUGAGGUGGACGGCCGGCAAUAUACCCCAACUGCAUAAAGUGUUCUCACGACAUAAUGAUGGAUUAUUCCCUUUCUUACAACGUCUCUACUGGCAUUUUUUUACAGUGGGACCCGAAAAGGACAUUUCUUUUACACACUUCGAACACACAAAAUAUAGCAUCAACAGCGCACGAGCAUCUAUCUAGAUUUGUUUUGAUCAGGCGCAACGGGGAACUAAGCUUGACUGGCUGAUCACUGUUCGGCCCAACAGUCUUGUGCAUGUUCUUGUAUCUGUCUUUUUUUUUGUAACACCUUAAUUUCUUAACAACAGGGAGAGGGAGAGGCUCGGGCCUGGAUUGGGAAGGACGGGUUCCUCGUCCGAUGGUUUCUACAUACAUCAUCAG